CCGGCUGGCCUGAGUUUCUGGACAGGCUGUGCAAAGAGAGGCCAGCAGCAGACCCAGGAGAGCAUUAGGCACAAUGCGGACACAAUUCUUCAGCGUCUUUGCCCUGACCCUGGGCUGCCUGUCCCAGGUACAGGCCGAACCGGCUGUGCAGCCUGACUUCCAGCAGGAUCAGUUCACAGGGAGAUGGUACAGCAUUGCCCUGGCCUCCAACUCCCUCUGGUUCAAGAACAAGAAGCAGGUGAUGAAGAUGUGUACCACAGUGGCCGUGACCACGGAGGACGGGAACCUGGAUAUCACCUCCACUUAUCCCAAGCUCGACCAGUGUGAGACGAGGAAAAGCCUUUUUGUCCGGACUGAGCAGCCUGGACGAUUCCAAUACACCAGCCCACGCUCUGGAAACCACUUUGACGUCCGCGUGGUCGAGACCAACUACAACGAGUACGCCUUGCUGUAUUCCAUUUCCAAGGAAAGAAGCCCCAGGAAUUGGGCAAUGGUGACACUGUAUGGUAGAAGCAAGGAGCUGAGUCCCGAACUGCAGGAGAAGUUCACCCAGCUGGCCUUGGCAGAGGGACUUGGUAAUGAGGACAUCCUCUUCUUGCCCAGCACUGAUCUUUGCAUGACGGACGAUGCGUAGCUCCUAGGUUGAAAAUCCAGGUUUUGCUUCGAGCAAGGAAGCUUCAUUUUCUGACCCAUCUGCCAAUCCUUGACUUCUCCAGCACAGACAUAGCACCUGUUCCCUGUUCAGCCAUGAGCACUUUUCACCUCUAACCCACCCCUGUAAAAGCUGAUCCUUGAUUAAAAAUAAAAAAGUCACACAAAAUGGUAGUGUUGCUGUUUU